AUGAAAACGUUUAACUUUACGGGACUAAUGGCACCGGUGUUUACACCGUACCAUAACGGCAAUGAAACACUGAAUAUCGCUGCUAUUGAACCGUAUGUGGAACUGCUGAAAGCCAAGCAUGUGAAUGGUGUGCUCGUAAAUGGAACGUCGGGCGAAGGUAUGCUGUUGAACACCGAAGAACGUAUUCUUGUGACAGCGGCUUGGCAAAGGGCCUGCAAAAAACAUGGCAUCACUGUGAUGGUUCAGAUUGGUGGUGCACCAUACCCGGAUGUUGUGCAGUUAGCACGCCAUGCCUUACAGAUAGAUGUAGACGCGGUACUGUGCCUUCCCGAGCUUUAUUUUAAGCCUAAAACAUCCGAGCAGCUUGUGGCCUAUAUGAAAAGUAUAGCUAAGCAUUGCCCUACAAUACCUUUCUUCUAUUAUCACAUCCCGAUGUUUACUGACGUGAAUGUUCACAUGCCAACGUUUUUGGAUGGUGCGGAGAAGGAGAUACCGAAUUUCCGAGGAAUUAAAUACACUAGCGGAGAUCUCGAUCAAGGAAGCGCAUGUUUGAAGGAAGGACGAACUAUAUUUCUUGGCGCAGACUCCAUAUUGUGCGGUGCAGUAGCUGCCGGAUUCGAUAGUUUCAUUAUGACGACACUUAACAUUUGUCCAGAAGUUGCAUUUGAAAUCAUCACCGAUGUGAAUCGUGGAGCGGUUAAAGAUGCUAGAGAUAAGCAGCGCAAGUUAAAUGCGCACAUUUCCACAAUAUUAAAGCAUGGAGAUUGGGUAUCAGCAAUGAAAAAUGCUUUUAGGGAAAAGUUUCCUUCCAUCGUGGUUGGUAGUACUCGGCCACCGUUGAACAAGUAA